UCAUUCGCGGAUGCCGCUGACUAACCAACGCGCCGAGUGCUCGAAUGCACACGGAUCUACUUAUCAGUCGAAAACUGGAAAGUUUACUUGAGUUGAGUGGUUCUGAUAAGCGUUUAAUAAUAGUCUCACGGAAGGUUUUGGGCGUUGUACAUCUAGAAUUCCAGUCAUUCUCAAGCACGUAAAUUAACUAACAACAUAAUUGUGAAUUCGGCAAACAAAGCAGUAAUCGGAACGAAGUCCAUACAGCUCAAAAAAAUGAUGGAUUUAAAUGAGCUGGAUAAACAGCUCGCCGAGCUUCAGCUCAUCGCAAACGGCGAGCUGAAGAAUUCUAUGGGGGCCAACAAAAAGAUCGGACCUGCUGUACCACCAAAACCGAAAAAACAACAACCAUUAGUACCACAAUCAUAUUCUUUAAAAAAGCAAACUGAGCCAUUAUAUGCAUCCAGAUUGCAAACUGCUGUGCCCCAGCAAGCACAGAUGUACUCCAACCUGCCACCUUCUGGCCCACCACCAGGUUCUGCUAACUCAGCCUCACAAAAUAUGUAUGCCAAUCUACCAAGAGCAUCACCACAGCCAAAUAGCUAUAUAUAUACACCUCAAGGAUAUACUAAACCACCAGAGAAUACUUAUAGUAAUGUUCAGAGGAAUGCUGAUGGGCUGAUAUAUAGUAAUCUUAUGCAUCCACAACCUGGGAAUAUAGGGAAUACUGUCUACAGUAAUGUUCCAAAUAAUGCAGUUUAUGCUAAUGGAGAUGAUUUGCCACCUCCACCUCCACCUGUACCAAUGUUACCACCCCUUUCAGUGCCAUUUACAGUAAAUACGAAUUUUCCACCCCCGCCGGACGAGUUGCCACCGCCGCCGUCUCCAGUCAGCUCUAGUUACAGCGAGUUAAGACGCGCGACAGAACCUGGGCCGGGGGAUUAUAAUAAUUAUAUGGGAUCGCAAUCAUCGACAUAUGAGUCGAUUUAUGAACCGAUUAAUCCACGUCCGCCGAGCCAGAUGUCCUCGCGUAGCAAUUAUUCUCUGUAUGCGCCUUACGUGAGCGGUGGCAGUACAAUGUCGGGCCCCAGUCAGUCUGCAAGUCGCGCAGGCGGCAAUGAGCAGGUGGUGGACACGCUCACCGACCUUCUGGUACAGGGCAUGGACAACGAGGUCGAAAAUGGUGAUUGCUUUGGCGUGUGCGCCAAGUGCAAGGAGAGCGUUGUGGGCGUCAGCAGUGGCUGCACUGCAAUGGAUCAGAUCUGGCAUACUGCUUGCUUUGCCUGUCAUCAUUGCGCUAUAAACUUACAAGGAAAACCAUUUUACUGCAUGGAUGGGAAGCCAUACUGUGAAGAUGACUAUUUAAAUACCCUAGAAAAGUGCUGCGUCUGUACGAAACCAAUCCUCGAUAGGAUUCUCCGUGCCACUGGGAAACCCUACCACCCCAUGUGUUUCAAAUGCGUAAUUUGCGGUAAAAGUUUGGACGGAAUACCCUUCACAGUCGAUGCCACCAACCAGAUACACUGCAUCGAAGAUUUUCACAAGAAAUUUGCGCCAAGAUGUUGCGUUUGUAAGUUGCCAAUAAUGCCGGAGCCAAAUCGAGAUGAAACAGUUCGCGUCGUGGCAUUGGACCGUAGUUUUCAUAUAAACUGCUACAAGUGCGAAGACUGUGGUCUUGUUCUUUCCAGCGAGUCGGAAGGCCGCGGCUGUUAUCCGCUCGACGAUCACGUGUUGUGCAAGUCCUGUAACGCCAAACGUGUUCAACAGCUAACUAAUCACAUGACUACCGAAUUGUAAGUCGUUACUGUCAGCAAUUCCAGUUAUGUUUUAAUUUGUAAAGUUUACUUUUUUACAAAGCCUAGAAAGUUUCUUGCUUCUUCUAUUCGUAAUUUAAAUUAUAAAUGAUAAUCAUUACCAAAUGUAAUAGUUACAUUCCAAUCAGUCGAAACGCAAAUUUCUUAGCGUACUAGUGCACACAAUUAUUAAUAUAUUAAUAACAUGGUAAUGAAACGAAAUAGCUGACUCUGAUAUGAUAACAAUGUCAGUUCGCUCAAAACUAUUAUUCGUCAACUAAGCAUACACUUGCAAUUCAUAUUUAAACUUGUAAAUGCAAAGUUAAAUAAAACUAGUGCGAAUGCAACUAUCAGUGCAUAAAUGGUGUCUAAAUAUAUCUAAAAUGAAUAAUGCUGUAGUAAAAUGUCAAGUGUUCUAGCGCAGAAAGUUUGGCAAAAAAGGUAGAGCAGGAAAUAGAAUAAAACUAAAACAAUCCCUGUUUUUAUACAUAUUUACGUAAUUGAAGCUAUGAAUCUGGAUGUGCCAAUAUAUUAUGUGAUUUUUUCUAUUCUAUUUUGUAUUUUAUUGAUUUUGAUUACGUUUUUAUUAAGUAUUAUUGUUAUAUCUUAUGUGAAUUUUGAAUAAACGAUUUACACUUGGUGCGAUGCAAAA